AUGGCUGUCUCAGUGCCAUUUCAGUUUCUAUUCUUUCUUCUUCUUGUUCUAGACAGAGCUGUUUACUCGUCUUCAGAGUAUUUAAUCGGUCUUGGAAGCUAUGACAUCACUGGUCCCGCAGCUGACGUCAACAUGAUGGGAUACGCAAACUCCGAACAAACAGCCUCAGGGAUCCACUUCCGUCUCCGAGCUCGUGCCUUCAUCGUCGCUGAGCCUCAAGGCAAACGCGUCGCGUUUGUGAAUCUUGACGCGUGUAUGGCUUCUCAAAUCGUUACCAUCAAAGUACUCGAGCGACUCAAGGCAAGAUAUGGUGAUCUUUACACAGAGAAGAAUGUAGCUAUAAGUGGGAUUCACACUCAUGCUGGACCAGGAGGUUAUCUUCAGUAUGUUACUUACAUUGUCACCUCUCUUGGCUUUGUUCGUCAGUCUUUUGACGUCCUUGUUGAUGGCAUUGAACAAACCAUCAUCCUAGCUCACCAAAGUCUACGUCCUGGUUCUGUCUAUAUCAACAAAGGUGAUCUUUUGGAUGCUGGUGUGAACAGAAGUCCUAGCUCUUACCUCAACAACCCUGAAGCUGAGAGGAGUAGAUAUAAGUACAACGUUGAUAAAGAAAUGACUCUACUCAAGUUUGUUGAUUCGAAGUUGGGUCCUAUAGGAAGCUUUAACUGGUUUGCAACUCAUGGGACUUCCAUGAGCAGGACUAACUCUUUGAUCAGUGGUGAUAACAAAGGCGCAGCUGCACGUUUCAUGGAGGACUGGUUUGAGAAUGGUCAGAAGAUGACAUAUAAAAUCCCUAGGAGAGUAUCAACCAUUGUUUCUGAUCUGAACACAAACCACAGCAGGCUUUUGGACAUUGCAGCUUCUUAUAAGUCAUCUAAAGGACAGUCUCUUGAUGCUAAAGUUAGAGUAAGGAAAGCUUCAAAGCGUACAUUUGUCUCUGCUUUCUGUCAAUCAAACUGUGGUGAUGUGAGUCCAAACACUCUUGGAGCUUUUUGCAUAGACACUGGACUACCUUGUGAUUUCAAUCACAGUACUUGUAAUGGUAAGAACGAACUCUGCUAUGGUCGUGGACCAGGAUACCCUGAUGAGUUUGAGAGUACACGUAUCAUCGGAGAGAAGCAGUUCAAAAUGGCGGUGGGAUUAUUUAACAAAGCUACAGAGAAGCUGCAAGGGAAAGUUGGUUACCAACAUGCUUAUGUAGAUUUCUCAAAGCUUGAAGUCACUAUACCUAAACCAGGUGGUUAUGAGACGGUGAAGACAUGUCCAGCUGCAAUGGGGUUUGGUUUUGCUGCUGGUACAACUGAUGGUCCUGGUGCUUUUGAUUUCAAACAAGGAGAUGAUAAGGGGAAUGCCUUUUGGAGAUUAGUGAGGAAUGUGUUGAGAACUCCUGGUCCGGAACAGGUUCAGUGUCAGAAACCAAAACCUAUUUUACUUGACACUGGUGAGAUGAAGACACCAUAUGACUGGGCGCCUUCAAUUCUACCGGUUCAGAUGCUUCGCAUUGGUCAACUAGUCAUCCUCAGUGUCCCUGGAGAGUUCACAACAAUGGCUGGAAGGCGUCUCCGUGACGCUGUGAAAUCAUUUCUCAUCUCAUUGGACAGCAAGGAGUUUAGCAACAACCUCCACGUCGUAAUCGCAGGUCUCACCAACACUUACUCUCAGUACAUCACCACUUACGAAGAGUACGAGGUUCAACGUUACGAGGGAGCUUCAACGCUAUACGGUCCACACACACUCACCGCUUACAUCCAAGAGUUCAAGAAACUAGCCACAGCUUUAGUCAACGGUCAAACACUCCCGAGUGGGCCCCAACCGCCUGAUCUUCUAGACAAACAGAUCAGUUUACUAGCCCCUGUGGUCGUUGACUCUACUCCUUUAGGAGUCAGCUUCGGUGACGUUAAAGCAGACGUGCCUCCCAAGUCAACGUUCAGGAGAGGUCAACAAGUCAACGCGACGUUUUGGUCGGGAUGUCCAAGAAACGACCUGAUGACGGAAGGAUCUUUCGCUGUGGUGGAGACGCUGCGUGAAGGAGGGAAGUGGGUCCCGGUGUACGACGAUGAUGACUUCAGUGUGAAGUUUAAGUGGUCGAGAGAGGUGAAGCUUAGCCCUGAGAGUCAAGCCACGGUGGAGUGGAGGAUACCGGAAACUGCGGUGGCUGGAGUUUACAGAUUAAGACAUUAUGGAGCUUCGAAAUCGCUGUUUGGUUCCAUUACAAGCUUCUCUGGUUCUUCUAGCGCCUUUGUAGUUGUAUGA